GUAAGCGCCACCACAUCCUUCUCCAACAGCAUCAGAUUCAUUGACCUCCCCCAGCCUCCUAAAGAUGAGCUCGCGAACAUCCCACCCGCCAACUUCUUCAUUACUUACAUCGAGAGUCAUAAGCCCCUAGUCAAAGAAGCCGUUCUCACACGUUCCGAUGAAUCAGUACUUACCGGCUUCGUUGUCGACAUGUUCUGCACGUCGAUGAUGGAUUUGGCUACCGAACUCGGCGUGCCUAGUUACGUGUUCUUCACCUCAAAUGUCGCUUUUCUUGGUCUCUUGUUCUAUUUGCAGACUCUGCAGGACGAGCAAAACAUGGACGUUUCCGAGCUCAACGGCUCGGAUUCUGAGUUGCCCUUCCCUGGUUUCGUCAACCCACUUCCGGCCAAGGCCUUGCCUACUUUUGUCAUACAUAGAGACUUGAUUCCCGAUGUCCGCAAGAUGGCCAGGAGAUUUAGAGAGAGCAAGGGUAUCAUGGUAAAUUCCUUCGUGGAGAUUGAACCACACGCGCUCAAAUCCCUCUCUCAUGCUGAGAAUAUUCCACCGAUUUUUCCUGUGGGACCCAUAUUGAAUCUGAAAGGCGACGGCCAUGAUCAGUCCUGUUCGGGUGAGUUCGAUGUCAUGCAAUGGCUUGACGAUCAACCUCCAUCAUCAGUUGCAUUCCUAUGCUUCGGGAGCAUGGGAAGCUUUGGUGAAGAUCAGGUGCAAGAGAUCGCAUGUGCAUUGGAACAGAGCGGACAUCGAUUCUUAUGGUCCUUACGCAAACCCCAACCGAAGGGCACCAUAUCAUCACCAACCGAUUAUUCAAAUUUGGAGGAGGUUUUGCCAGAAGGGUUUUUAGAUCGAACGGUUGAGAUUGGAAAGGUGAUUGGAUGGGCCCCACAAGUGAGUGUUCUGGCCCACCCUGCAAUCGGAGGAUUUGUAUCGCAUUGCGGUUGGAAUUCUACUCUUGAGAGCAUAUGGUUUGGUGUUCCAAUUGCGGCGUGGCCACUAUUUUCAGAACAACAAUUCAAUGCAUUCCAAUUGGUUAAGGAGUUAGGAUUAGCAGUGGAGAUUAAGAUGGAUUACAACAGGGAUUUUAGGUUAGAGAUUGAACCACCAAUCGUGACUGCAGAAGAGAUAAAGAGAGGGAUGGUAGGACUAAUGGAGCCAGAAAGUGAUGUGAGGAAGAUGGUGAAGGUGAUGAGUGAAAAGAGUAGAAAAGCCUCAGUCAAAGGAGGCGGUUCUUCGUACUCCUCGCUCCAAGAUUUCAUUAGUCAUGUUCUUGGUAACAUGCCAUGAAUUGAUGAUGCUAAUUGAUUGAGGGCAAUUUGAAAGAAGGAGAAAUGAGAUCCAUGAAAUUUGAAGACAUAAUUCACUGAAAAUGAUUUCUAUUAAAUCAAAGAUUUUGGCCAUUAGACUGGUACGCAAGAAUUUUGUUCGGAAAGAAGUUUAAGAGAAGGGAAAUGGAGAGAUCGUGGAAGAGAGCACAUGCUAUGAUGUCUAUCAUUUUCUUCUUGUUUCUUUGAAAGCUAAAUAAAGGGCCGUUUCUUUGAAAGCUAAAUAAAGGGUCAUUUCUUUA